AUGGCCCAUGAAACCCAUCUCAGGGACAACCUGAAGGUUCAUCGAGAUGAUUUUAAACUGAAUGUGAAGCUUCAGCUUGUUGCCCUUAUUGCAGAGCAAGCUGCCUUCCGUCAGCUUAGAUCCGUUGAGCAGCUGGGAUACAUUACUCUCCUCAGGCUGAGGAAUGAUUCCGGUAUCCAUGGGUUGCAGUUCAUUAUCCAGUCUAUAGUAAAGGAUCCUGGACAUAUUGAUACUAGAGUUGAGGCAUUCCUCAAAAUGUUCGAGAGUAAACUGUAUGAAAUGACAAAGGAUGACUUUAAGAGCAACGUAAAUGCAUUGAUCAAUAUGAAGCUCGAGAAGCACAAGAAUUCAAGCGAAGAAUCUCAAUUUUACUGGACUGAGAUCAUUAGUGGGAGGACUCCCAAAUUUGAUAGGAGGGAAGCUGAGGUUGAUGCAUUAAAGAAACUUACACAACAAGAACUGAUAUAUUUCUUUGAUGAAAAUAUAAAAGUUGGCGCAACUCGAAAGAUAACACUUAGCGUGCGAGUGUACGGGAACCAACAUUUGGCCGAAUACAACUCGCAGAAAAGUGAAGCAGUUCAACCAAAUACCGUCCAAAUAGAUGAUAUCUUUAGUUUUAGAAGAUCUCGACCACUUUAUGCUUCAGUUAGGUGAGGCUUUGGUCUCCCUUAUUUAUUAGGCAAGCUUGCCGUGGAGAAAAACAGAGAUAUUUUCCUGUUAGUUUUCAUAAAAUUGUUCUACAUUGGAGAAAAACAGAGUAUCCCUCUUGUCUGUGAUUUGAUGUGUUGUAUCUUUUGAUGUGUCGUAUCUUACUUAUUCUCUUGGUUCAGAAACAGAAAUGUUGUCACUCGAAUAUUCAACAAAUUAAUCCUAUGGCACUCUAUUUAUGCACA